AUGAUCGUUCGUUCUUUUUUUUCUUCUGCCGCUAACCUCGAAUUGAAUUGCACAUUCUUUUUUUUAUUCUUGGGCAUAUUUCGCUGUCUCUUUCUUUCUUCCUUUUUCAUUUUCCCCACUCUCUUUCUCUGUAUCCUUAUCUAUCUCUCUUUCUCCCUUUUACCCUCUUUCGUUUUAUCUCUUACCUCCUUUCCAACUUUAUGUCUCUCUCUCUCUUUUCCUCGCUCUUUCUCUCCCCCAUUUUAUCAUCUCUCCUUUUUCCCUUCUUUCUUUCUUUCUUUCUUUCUUUCUUUUUCUAACGUUUUCUCCUUCGCUCAUUUUAUCUGUCUGUUUUUUUCUCCCUCUCUCUCACAAUUUCUUUCUUCUUUUUCUCUUUGUUCGCUUUCUCUAUCUCUUUCUCUAAUUUCUUUCUUUCUUUCUUUGUUUUCAUUUCAUCUAUUUUUUCUCUUUCUAUCUUUUUCUCCAUUGCUCAUUAUUCUUUCUCUCUUUUGUUUUCUCUUUCUCUCUUUUCUUUCUACGUUUUUUAUCUUUUUACUUUCUUUAUUUCUUUCUUUCUUUCUUUCUUUCAUAAAUUUUCUCUGUUCACUAUGGCUAGUCAAGCGUCCCCAAGAUAGCAACGAAUCAAAAGAGACCAACAGUGACUCACCCCUGUCGUCUGUCUCCCCUCACCGCCAUUACCGGGUUCCGCCCUUCUCUAUUCAGCUUUAUCAGCAGAUAAAUAAAAUCUCCUUUCCUCUACUCUCUUUUCUCAAUCCACUUUCAUUUCUUUAUCUUCCAGAUUUUGCUUUCUCAAUUCUUUUCGAUUCUUUUUCUUUUUUUAUUACUUUUUCUUUCCUAAUUCUCUCAUUUCUACUUUUCUUUUCUUUCUUAUUUCGACUUGAAAACGUGCGCUCUCCAUUUUCUUUCUUUCUUUCUUUUUCUUUAAUCAUUGAGUUAUUUAUUCUUUUUUAA